AAGCACAAUACCUAAGUAAGGACCCGCUCCGAAUAUCCAGUUUCAGCGUGCGCCUCAGUGCCGCUGCUCGCUGCCCCACGAGAUGAUCGGAGUCGUCCCGCUCUUGCUGCUGGCGGCCGCCGUGCUCGCGGUGGCCGCCCUCCUGGUCCGCUAUUGGGGCGCCCUGUCCGAGUUCAGACGCGCCCGCCGCAUGACGGCCAAGCUGCCCGGCCCGCCCCCGUACCCCGUGAUCGGCAACGCGCUCGACCUGCCCUACAACAUGGACGACCUCUACGACACUCUGAGUACAUUCGCGUCCACGUAUGGGCCUCUAUAUCGCGCUACGCUUGCGCACUACACCUUCGUCGUCGUCAUGGACCCCGAGGACAUGAGGGUCGUCAUGACCAGCGACAAGACGGCGGAAAAGUCUUCGUUGUACGGCGUCGCGGAGUCGCUCAUGGGCCGCGGGCUCGCAAUCGUCAACGGGGACGAAUGGCGUCGGCACCGCAAGGCCAUCACGCCCAGCCUGCACCUCGACAUCCUGCGCGACUUCGUGCAGAUCUUCUCCAAGCAGGGCGCGGCCUUCGCCGACACGUUGGGCGAGCUCGCCGACAAAGGGGUGAUGUUUGACGUGACGCCGCUCAUCGGGUCCUGCGCCAACCAAGCCAUCUGCGAGACCGUCAUGUCCUCGGACGUCGACAAGGACGACCCACUGAAGCGCGACUUCCUCGACGCCGUGCCGAAGGCCUUCGACCACUUCAUGUACCGCAUUUUCAGGCCCUGGUUCCUCAGCGACUGGGUCUACUCGUUCCACCGCUGGCAGUUCCCCGACUACCUCCAGAUGAAGAACACCUUCAAUCUGUUCACCCAGAGGCUCAUCGGUGAUAAGAAGGAGGCACUGAAGAAGAAUGAGCCGCUCCCCCAACGCAAGCGGCAGGCUUUUCUGGACCACGUGCUGUCCUCCGAAGAGGGCGCAGCGCUCAACGACGCGGAGCUCGCCGAGGAGGUCAAGACCUUCGUUAUGUUAGCCUCAGCAUCCUCGAUGGACGCACUCAGCUUCUUCAUCUACAUGCUGGCCAUCCACCAGGACGUUCAGGACAAAGUUAGACAGGAGCUGGACGAUAUCCUGGGCGAGGACCGCGGGCGCCUCGUAGAGCACUCGGACCUCGCCCACAUGCAGUACACGGAGCGAGUGUUCAAGGAGACGCUGCGCAUCUUCCCCAUUUUGCCCUUGUUCGGGCGCAUCGCCACCGACGACCUGCUCUUGCCGUCCGGCGUCACCAUCCCGCGCGGCUGCCAGGUGGGCUUCUGGCUGCCCUACGUGCACCGGAACCCCCAGUGGUUCCCGGAGCCGGACAAGUUCGACCCGGACCGCUUCCUCCCGGAGAACUCGCGCGGCCGCCACCCCUUCGCCUACGUGCCGUUCAGCGCCGGGCCCAGGAACUGCAUCGGCCAGCGGUACGCCAUGAUGUUCCUCAAGACGGUGGCGGCCGCCAUCGUGCCGCGGCUGCGGUUCGAGGUCCCCGACGACGGCCCCAAGUGCCUCGAGGACGUCCAGCUCAAGAUGAACCUCACCAUGUCCGUGCGGGGAGGUGCAAACAUUCGCGUGCACCGACUGUGACAACCACCCUGAAAUCCAAAGUCCGAAUUUGGUCGAUCUCGUCGACGUCGAUUGACGCGAAAUCAAUAUCAAUCAAUUCAAUGGAAUUUUUGUUGUUAAUUUUUAUUUUUUUGUAAUUUUAUAGAAAAUGUUAUCCUAAGUUGAGCCAGGUUGUGCUGUAAAUUGUUUUUACAGCGUAGUGGUACUAGCUAUAUGUACGCCAGACCACUUCUCGCGUAACAGGCUUCGCGAUGUCUCACGAAACACUAUUACGCUGCGACGCGCCUGGCGCAGAUAAAACCUUCUUUUUACGAUUUAAUAGACCAUUUGGUCAUUUUCAUCUUAUUUUCGCCAACAAAUGCCCCCCAGCACCUAAACGGUACAAGAUAGAGCAAAACGGACGAAAGUUUACCCGAAGAGUUCUACUUUGACAAGUUCCCCCUUAGAAACCAAUACAAAAUUAUUUGGAAAAAAUACAUUUUGCGUCCUGUGGUUUCUAA